GGAUUAGGUUUCAGUAUUGCUGGAGGAAUUGGUAAUCAACAUAUUCCUGGUGAUAAUGGAAUAUAUGUUACUCAAAUUAUGAAUGGUGGUGCAGCCCAAGUAGAUGGUAGACUAAUGGUGGGUGAUAAAUUAAUAGCAGUUAAAAACACUUUACUUGGAGAUCGUAUAUUAGAAAAUGUAACCCAUGAGGAAGCUGUUCGAACAUUAAAGAAUACUAGAGAAAAAGUUUUGCUAGUUGUUGAAAAGAUUGAAUCUAAUAAUUAUACUGAUUCUAUAUCAUACCCAAUAUCUGAAAUAAUUCAUAACUCUUACUCUACUGAUACUCUAAAUACUGUCAAAAGCUAUGAUAAUGUACUUAGCCAUGAUGAAAGAGUUGUAGUUUUGCACAAAAAUACUGGAGGUUUGGGUUUUAAUAUUGUUGGAGGUGAAGAUGGUGAAGGAAUAUUUAUAUCUCUUAUACUAGCUGGUGGACCAGCUGAUCAAACAGGACAGUUAAAACGAGGUGAUACUAUUUUAAAAGUAAAUGAUAUUGAUCUAACAAACGCAACACAUGAAGAAGCUGCUGAUGCUUUAAAAGGUGCAGGACAAACUGUUGUACUAACAGUUCAACAUAGACCCAAAGAUUAUAACAGGUUUGAAGCUAAAAUUCAUGAGUUAAAAUCUCAGCUAGCUGCUUCUACUGGGACUUUAAUACGUACUACCCAAAAAAAAACCUUAUAUGUUCGUGCUUUAUUUGAAUAUGAACCAUCUACUGAUGAUGGUCUUCCAA